UUUAAUAAGGAGAGAUGUAAAGAAGAGAAAGGCAACAACAGCAGAUGGGUUGGGGCAGAAGAGAUAGGAGGACAAGUUGGUAAUUUGGUUGGGGUUGCGGUUGCGGUUGGGCGCGGUGCGUGGCCACCCUUGUUUAAUUUUUUUCAAAAUCCCUAAUCUGAAUCCCAAUGCCAUUGAUGUGAAUUGGUGCAAAGCAAUGAUUUCGAAUCCGGAAUUGAUCCACUACGCCUGCAUCGCUCGAUCGGAGACUAUCCUGGGGCAGCACCAGAGCGAGAAGGAGCCCAACAUGGAGGCCUUGGCGGCCCAAUGCGUGGCCCAAACACCUCCCAACCACUCCCUAUUCUCCCACACCGUCAACCACCGCACAUACACCUUCCUCAUCGACCCUCCCUUCGUCUUCUUCUCCAUCUCCCACCACUCCCUCCUCAAAUCCCAAACCCUCCCCUUCCUCCACCGCAUCAGAUCCUCCUUCCGUCAAACCCUACCCCCCACCAACAAUCACCACUUUGCCCCUCUCUCCUUCCAAUCCCAAUUCCACACCAUCUUCCAAAACGCGCUUCACGACAACAACAGAUCGCAGCAACAACAACAACCCUCUCCUCCUCUCAACCCUCCAGCUCAGGGCUUGAAGAAAAAGAAAAGGCCCAAUGACGCGCCCGCCACGCUCGACGUCUCCGACGACGCCGUUUCGCUCAAGCCCCAGCUCCACAACCACAGCAACAAGGCCAAGCACGUUUGGAAGAAACACGUGUGGGUCCUCCUCCUCCUCGAUUUGUUCGUCUGCGCUGUCCUCUUUGUCAUCUGGUUGUGGGUCUGCAGCGGCUUCAAGUGCAUGGCCUAUUGAAUCAUCCAAUCCAAAUUUCUAAACACUCUACUUUUUUUUUUCUUCUCUCUCAAAAUUGAAAAAAAAAAAAAUAAGUUCACGUUUUUUCGGGUUCGUUUUUGUCCCUUCUUCUUUCUCUGGAGGUAGGGAUUUUUAGCUUCUUGUUUUUUUUUUUAAAAAAAAUUAUUUUAUUCACACUUGAUAACUGUGAAAGUUGCAGACUGCAGAGAGAACAUACGCAUACCUGUUAUGUAUAUGUAAUAUGUAAUUGGGGGGUUUCGGUUUUCUUCUUCUUCCUUCUUUUUUUAUCUCCCAUUUCCAUUGGAAAUUUCCUUCUUUCUCUUAAUGGGAAUUGCAUAUCCAACCAUCAAGGAUCCAUCUUGUUAACCUAUCAUGUUCAAUUGUGCAAAAUUACAGAUUCCACGUGUUGACUAUCA